CAUAAACACUGGUCAUGCUAGGGUUUCCGGUUAAACAGCAAACAGAGCAGGUAACGAUUUCCAGGUAGGAGCAUUUUGUCACGCAGACGAUACUUGAAACGCGGCGCAGCUUGAGCAAACAAACAGAAAAUUGUUUUGUGUUUUUAAUUGGCGUCUUUUAACGUUAGACCUUUGGACUAGAAGCUUCUUAUCGCUGCAGGUGUCCCACUGGAGGGGAGCGGCGAGGUCACACACACACUCCCCAGCUGAACUACAAGCUCCGCGAGCAGAGUAGCAAUGAGAGGAGAGACCACUCCUCCGAGCGGAGGGCAAAAGUCCGGGCUGAACGAGCACUGCACCUGCAACGCCAUUCGCGAUGACAACCUGAUACGGUCUGGAUUACUGAGCGAGACUUACAUUAAACUUGACGUCUCUUUUAGCUGAGCGCGUUUCCCCUCUCAGACAUAUCGGCUGUACGUUUCUUGCCGUGUAUAUUAGUGGCUGAUGUGGUUCGGGAUGGUGUGCUGCCUGCCAGAGCAUCACAGAUAGUGACCUGUUUCCUCCUGGCCUGGAGAAGGACUCAGAGACUUGCUCCAUUGUUUUUGUCUAGCAACCAGGCAGAGAAGAGUAUGCUAGACAAGGCAUCAGCUGUUGUAUGGUGACCGGAGACAAGACAAGAGCCUGCUUUAUGAACGCUUCUUUUGCAGAUACAUCAGAGACGUGCAGUCAGAGAUACAACAGUGUACCGCUUGACUAGAGAAUGAAUAGUGCGCUUGGCCUGCCACAAUGCUCAGCAUUCACACCUGUCGGGAAAGAUGCCGUUUGCUCUAAAUCUUCAAGAAAACCACCAAGCUUCAAUAGCCAACAGCAACAUGAGCUAAGAAAGAGGAGGAGGAACACUGUCAAGAUGCUACUAAAGCUGAACACCUCUGUCCUGGUUUGUGGAUCACUCAUGCACUGACAGCCAGGGACAUUUUGCCUAUGAAAUAACCUCAGAGAGACCUUGCAGGCAAACUGACUGUGGACUGUUUUUUAAAUUGAGGGCUAAGUUGGACGGCUGUCCAGCCCCAAGGCCACUACACUGACAGAUCAGCCAUUUAGAAGGUUUUUCCAUCGAUACCAUGUCAGCCUAAAGGAAUCUGACUAAUAAUAAUUACAAAUACUUUAAAACUAACAACUGCGUCUUGCACACUUUCAGUUUUCCGGUUAGCCUGGUUGUGUUCAUGCAGGCAGUCUUAUAAAUAUACUCUGGAGUCUGGACUGCACCUGUCAGUGACAUCACAAAACUAAAGAGGAAAACUUCCCAAGGAGCCACUGCAAAUCAAAACUGAAAGUCAGUAUAUUAUUAGAAAUGAUUUCUUUUUAAGUAUAAGCUAAGGUGAAGGACACAAAUAAUAAGCAAGUCCCAACCCUGAGGUGAUAUAGAAUAUUUCCUUGCUGUCUUUUCUCUCUCCACCCUCUGUUGGGGAAAUGACUGAAAGUGAAUGCACCAGUGAAUGAUAAACUGCUCUGCCACUACUUUAUACAGUAAUUCUUUAGGGAACUCUAGCCAGGUGUCCUCUCACGGUUGGGACCAGUCCUGAGCACCAUUAGCAGUGAACAUCAUGUCAGAACUGGAGGACUAUUCCCCUCCGAGGGGCCACCCCCAUCCUGACCCGGCUCGCAUCCAGCAGAACCUCCUGGAGGAGCAGGUGGAGCUCUGGUGGUUCAGUGAGCCACGCAAAUCAUUAUUAUGCUAUUGCGCUUCAGUGGCCUUGAUCUUAGGCUGCGGCCUGGGCGGCGUAGGCCUCCUUUCCACCACCACCAGUCUUUCCAGCGAGUGGCGGCUGGGCGCCGGAACCACUCUUUGCCUUCUCGCUCUGGCCGUCCUCCUAAAGCAGCUGCUGAGCUCCGCUGUCCAGGACAUGAACUGCGUGCGUAGCAGGCGCCGGAUCAACAUGCUAAAAAGUGGCGGUUUAUCUGACGUCCUCAUCAUGUUGAUCACGGGAACAUCUCUGCUCAUCUGUGGGGCUGUGCUCCUAGACGUGGCCUUGGCCUACCACAUGCCCAAACCCGGCAAGGCACUGAAUGAUAUGUAUAUAUCUGGGUUGGUGAUGCUGGUGGUUGGGAGUUUCACAGUGUUAGCGGUUAGCGUUUAUGCCGCAGCAGCUUUUCUCUUAGAGAGGACAGGGCCAGGACAGAGACGGUGGGAGAGGACAGUGGGGAUCUUCAGCAUUUCAGGCCAGAUGCAGGCAAGGAGAAGAGAGACUGCUUCGAGUCUGGCCCAACUGAUAUAACUGGGACUGCAAAAUAAAUACGCCAUUCUUUCACUGAACAUGAACUAAAAUGCUCUCAAAGAAACUUUGCACCUAUUAAACUAAGGCACAAAUCACAUGUGACAUUUACAAUUGCAUUUCACAAACAAACUGAUUUAUAUUUUGGCUCAAGGUUUUAGGCAUUAAAUCUUUGAGGGUAUAAGCACAAACAUCUUUUACAUGCUUCAUUCCAAUAAGGUACAGUUAAAAGUACUGAAAAAGCACAAAAACAAUCUAAAGAUUGAUCUUCAAUGAAUUGAUUUUAGGUAAAACAUGCUGCUUUCUCUUCAUUGCUAUUGGACAACUACAUUAUGUGUGCGUGCGCCCUUGAUGGCUUUAUUUAUGCGGGAAAAGGUGAGCAUACCAAGCGGUUGUCCAUCUGAGGAUGUCUUCAGUGGCUCUGAUGUGUGUAUGUGUGUGUGUUUGUGUGUGUGAGUGAGUGAAUUGACCAGCUGUGUCAUUUUGCAUGCCUGUGAUUUUACACUACAAUCUGUGCAGGCGAAGCUAUGGAUCAAAUAAAGGAUCAGAUUGUCAAUAUGGA